AUUUUGUUAAAUUUUCUAAACACGAGUAAUUUCUUCCACCUAAGUUAUAAAUCUAUCUUCUAGUUAUACACAUAUUCAUGGCUGACUUUGUCUCACUCUAGGUCAAAUUCAAUUUAAAUAUAGUAAAUUAAAUUUUAAUAAUUAAGGAAUUUGUGUUUUUAAAUGAGUUUUUCUUUUUAAGUUUAAUCAAUAGAAAUAUUAACCCCUUCAUAACUUAUAUUGUAGAAUAACUCUGAUUUCAUUUGAUUUGUAGAUUAAAGUCAUGGGUGCAUUUUUAUGUUGCUUUGGUUGUUUUGAUGAUGAUGAUGAUGAUCUGGCAAUCAAUUUGGAGGGCUCACCCUUAUUUGACAAAAAUAAACAUACUACUAAUACAAAUGACCAAGAUUCUGGGAAAAAUGAGAGCAAGCCUAUGACUGAAGUAGUUGCAGAGACCAAUAUUUAUGAAUAUGAAGUACAACAAGAAAAAGGAGAUGAAGAAUGUCCAACAUGUCUUGAAGAAUACACAGAUGAAAAUCCACGAAUUACAACAAAGUGUUUUCACCAUUUUCAUUUGUCAUGUAUAUAUGAAUGGGAGCAAAGAAGCGAUCGAUGCCCAAUUUGUAAUCGGGUAUUGCUUAUAAUCAAUUUCUUCUUUAUAUUUUCUUUUUUAAUUUUUUUUUGUGUUGCAAUAUAUAACUAAAUUAUUUGAGUUAUUAUUUUUCAGGUAAUGAAAUAUGACGAAUAAGGGAGCAACAAAAGAUAGAAUAAGUCAAUUAAUAUGGGAGAAUCAGUCUAAAUUUUCAUCCAACCUAAAGAUUUUUCAUUCCUUGGUUUUGUCAUUAGUAUUUUUCAAUUUUUAGAAAAAGUUUAAUCUCUUAUAUCACCUUUUCUUCUUUAGAUUUUCCUAAAAUAUUUGAGGUGUAGCCCAUUGUUUUUAUUUUAUUAUUUUGACACAUUUAAGUAAAUUUUAUAGUAUUCAUCUAUUUUCAUCAAUGUAUGUAGUUUAUUUAAUAUUAUAUAGCUUAGAGCUACAUAAUUUGGUGAUUUUUUUUUUAAAUGAUACAAUUUGGUGAUUAAAAUUUAAAUAAUGGUUUAUAUGUA